CCAAGUAAAAGCUACCGUUCAUACAGCCAAGUAAAAGCUACUGUUGGUAUUUAUAAAUAUUCGAGUUUAGAUUAAGCCCCCAUCUCAUCUUUUAAACUAAUAUCAAACAAAAUGAGUGCUCGAUCUUCAUAUUCUUGUUUUCACUUGUUCUUACUUGUUGUUUUGGCCUUGUUUCGUUUAUGCUCAUCUAAUCAAAACUCUCAUUGCAAUGACAUUGAGAGACAAGCACUUCUCCAGUUCAAGCAUGGCCUCACUGAUGAAUCACAACGACUCGCUUCGUGGGUUGCUGAGAACAAGGACUGUUGUACAUGGGCUGGGAUAGCUUGUGAUAAUUCUACAGGUCAUGUUCAUCGUAUUCAUCUUCCUGGACUUGAUGGUCAUUGUAGUAUCGAUGAUUAUUAUAGCAUGACAGGAUACGAAGAAGCCUUGAAGCAGAAAUUGAAAGGGGAUAUAAGUCAAUCUUUGUUGGUUCUAAAGCAACUCAAGCAUCUGGAUUUGAGUUGCAAUAAUUUUGGAGGCAUCCAAGUUCCUAAAUUUAUUGGUUCUUUUCAAAACCUAAGGUACCUUAACCUUUCACGUUCCAAUUUUAGCGGAACUAUCCCUCCAACACUAGGGAAUCUCUCAGAAUUACAUGUUCUGUCUCUUGGAAGUUUUCAUGACGAUCCAUUUGAAAGAACGAGCAUGGCGAAUAUGAAGUGGUUGUCAAGCCUUGGUAUGUUGCAUCACCUCGAUAUGAGUGGCAUGGACCUUAGCAAAGCAACCGAUUGGCUUCAGGUGAUUAACACCCUUCCUUCUUUGGUCCAGCUACAUUUGUCUCUAUGUGAACUCUCAAAUCUACACAUGUAUGUUCCUAGUGUCAAUCUCACAUCCCUUUCUGUUCUCGAUCUUUCUUACAAUUAUUUUAACAGUUCAGUACCACAGUGGAUAUUCAGUGUAACUAGUCUAGUUUCACUGGAUUUAACUGCGUGUAGUUUUCAUGGUCCUAUUCCUAGCUUCCGCAAUCUGACUUCUCUUGAGUUGCUUCAUGUGGCCGGCAAUGAUUUCAUGAAUUCUUCCUCAAUAUUUCAAGAGUUGUCUAGUAGUAAUCUCAUCUCGUUAGAUAUUAGUUAUUGUGGUAUUUCAAGUUCAGUUCUAGAUUCCCUUCAAAAUUUAACAAAUCUUAUUAGCCUCCGCUUGUCUGAAAAUCAACUCACUAAGAGAAUACCUAAAUCAUUAGGUAACUUUUGUAAUUUGAGAGAGAUUGAUUUGUCUGAGAACUAUAUUGGUAAUAUUAGUCUGACAUAUUUUCUUGAAAGUUUUUUCGAGUGCAAAUCACCUGCCUUGGAGUCAUUAUCCUUGUUCAGGAACUAUAUAAGUGGUAUAAUUCCUCAUUCCAUAGGAAACUUGUCAUUUCUCAGAACAUUACAUCUCAGAGAUAAUCAAAUUUCUGGUCCCAUUCCAUACUCAAUUGGACAAUUAUCAUCAUUAGAACAGUUGUAUGUUAGGUCAAACCGACUGAAUGGCAGCCUUCCUGAUAGCCUCGGACAACUUUCAAAGUUGACUUCUUUAGAUUUUUCUGAUAAUUUACUUACAGGUGUUGUGACAGAAGCUCACUUUAUCAAACUAGUGAGCUUGAAGGAUCUAGAUGGAUCAGCUAACAAAUUAAUCUUAAGGCUGCAAGUUGCAAACUGGAUUCCCCCUUUCCAGUUGGGAUCCUUGUAUCUGAAAUCUUGGGUUUUAGGCCCUCAAUUUCCGUUGUGGUUGCAAUCACAGAAGGAUUUAAGGGCUUUAGACAUAAGCAAUGCAGGCAUUUCAUCGCCCAUGCCUGAAUCAUUUUUGAGAUCAUUCUCCAAUUUAAUGUUUUUGAAUAUGUCAAAUAAUCAUAUCCGAGGACCAUUAACAUUCUCUGGUAUCCCUGCAACACUUGAUAUUAUUGACAUUAGCUCGAAUGGGUUUGGUGUGAAGAUAAAGAUCGAAUAUUUGUACCGUUUUGCCACUAUAAGUGGGUGUUGCAGUUCAAGUCUUUUAAAUGAGGAAACAAAAGUGCACCAUCGUCGAUUUGCACCUGCUUCCGUUUCUGGCGUCACUGUGUUUACAGGUAAACCCUCAGCCUUCAUGAUGGCCAUGUUUUGACCGCCUAACUAUUGAAGAUGGAUCUUUAAAAGCACAAAGAAGAGGUCAUUUGAUGCAUGCUGUAUGGGGUGGCAAAGCUCAUUGUAUUUUACAACAGGUUAAAAUCAAGGUGGCAUUUCAUAGGUCAGAUUGCAGGUCACAUUCUAUUGGUAGCGGGUCAGAUUGCAACUUAACGUGUAACUUAUAGCUAUAAAGGUUUGUACUCAUUUUGUUGCAACAUUAUUAACCAUAUUUGUUGUUGUUUACCUAACAAAUUAUAUAGAACAAUUCGGGAACCACGGCGCAACGCGCGGGGUUUAAUACUAGCAUAUUAUAAACUUGUAACACAAAUGCGCAUCAUGUAGUUGUACAAUGUGCAAAAAGUCUUAUAUAUGUUGUAUAUGUUGUUUAAAA